CGGCGAAGAUGAAGAGAUUGGAAGAGGAGAUGAAGAGAGUACAACAAGAGGAGGAAGAAAGAAGAAAAGCUGCUGAGCAGAAGCGGCAGCAGAAGAAGAGAAAGAGAGAAUGAGGAUUGAGAGUGGAGAAGGAAGCAGUGGUGGCACAAUGAAGGGGAAGACAGAUAUUGAGAUGGAGAAGAAGAUCAGCGAGUGGGUCGUUAAUUUAUCGUUGGGUGAAGAGGAGGAGGCAGAGUCCUAUGUGACUAAUGAUGAGAGGGCUGCGCUAGUCAGUGAGCUAGCAACAAUGACAGAUCCGAUGGAAAGGCGAGAAAGGGAGGAGGAGCAGAAAUUGGCAUGGAAGUUGAGGAUGAAGCGAGAGAAGAAGAGGAGCAGAGAGGAAGUGAGUAAAAUGACUGCAGAGGUAGCGAAGGUGCAAGCGUGCAGGCAGGAGGUGUUGGCCCAGCCGGAUGAUAAGGCCAAGUGGGACAAGGUAUUGGGGUACCUGGAAGUGUUGAGCAAGGCAUGGAUGGAAGAGCGCCAGGCUAGCUGGAGCCAAGAUGUAGCCUUGAGUGCCACGCGGUCAGGGUUUAGAGACUUUGCGCGCGAGAUUGUCACCCAUAUUGGGGGCGAAGUCAAGCAAUUGAGAGACAAUGUAGGGAAGUUUUGUGAGGGCGCCAUUCAGGGUGCCGAAGCUGUAGCCGUUGUAGAGGGAGAGGCCAGACCCCGUAAGGACCCAGUGAAACUUAAGUUCCCAGAUGCGUACGGGGGAAAGAAGGAAGAAAACUUUGACAACUGGGAAGCCAGUGUCAAUAGUUAUAUUUACUUACAGCACAUCCUGAAUGAGGAACAAGUCCUCGUGGCCUUCCAGGCCCUGAAGGACGAAGCGGCUAGCUUCGCCAGGUCACUCGUGCGUACAGUCGAUCCGUCUUUGCGAUUUGUCGUCACCACGGACGCGAGUCAGUAUGGGAUAGGCGCUGUGUUGCAGCAAGAUGACGACAAUGGUUAUAGACCCGUAGAGUUCAUGUCAGCAAGGAUGCCCUGUGAAAAGGUCGCUAACUCCACGUAUGAGAGAGAACUCUACGCUCUCAGGCAGACUUUAGACCAUUGGAAGCACUACCUGCUUGGGAGGCACUUCAAAGUGUAUUCGGACCACGAAACGCUUAGAUGGUUAAAGACUCGGGCCAAGAUGACACCUAAGUUGACUAGGUGGGCCGCAGAGAUAGACCAAUUCGACUUUGAGCUCAAGCCAAUGAAGGGCAAGUACAACGUAGGUGCGGAUGCUCUAAGUAGGAGAUCAGACUACUUUGGAGCCGUAGUACACUAUCUGGAUAUAGGGAGAGACCUGCAAGAGAAAGUGAAGCAAGUGUAUGCACAUGACCCUAUCUAUAGCGACCUCCUAAAAAGAGUUAGAGAGGCCCUAGAGACUGAACCAGAUUACCGCACUACAUACGGGUUGCUGUUUGAGAAGACUAAUGUGUUUGACCGCCUGUGCGUUCCCAACAACGAAGAGAUCCGCAGUUUGAUUUUAGGGGAAUGCCACGAUACUGAAGGGCAUUUCGGUUGGCAAAAGACAUUAGCCAAUCUGAUGCGUGCGUAUACCUGGCCAGGGAUGAAGAAUGACUGCAUAGAGUAUGUCAGCAGUUGUAAAGUGUGCCAGAGGAAUAAGUCUACUACACGCGCGCCCCUAGGUCUUCUCAGACCCUUGCCUAUUCUGGAUCAGCCGGGAGACUCCGUGUCCAUAGACUUCAUGGACACCCAAGUCAAGAGUAGACAUGCGGGCUUGGCGGGUCGUGAUGUCUUUCUUGGUGAGAAUGGAGGAGACGAUGGUGUUGUCGGUGCGAAUGGUGAAGUAUUGCCAGUUGAGGUACGGGCGCCAGACUUGGAGGGCAUGGAUUACGGCGAGGAGUUCCUUCUCGUCGGAGGGGUAAUCCAUCUCCGCGGGAAGGAGCUUCUUGCUUGCSAAGGCGAUGGGGUAUUCACCGGGUGGGGCCUCCGGGUGGGUGGGGGAGUCUUUGAUGGAGGGGGCUUCAGAGGUGUCGCGAGGAAAAUGUUGCGAGAGGACGGCUCCAAUGACGAAGUCGAAUGCGUCAGUGGUAAUGUAGAAAUGUCGAGAGGGGUCGGUGAUCUUGUGGACGGGGGCCGUGGUGAUGGUUUGUUUGAGGAAGUCGAAGGCGUUUUAGUGGCGGUCGUUCCAAUUGAAGGGCUCGUCCUUGCGUGUGAGUUUGUGGAGUGGGUAAGAGACGUCGGAGAAGUUGCGGAUGAAGGGGCUAUAAUAGUUGGCAAGGCCGAGGAAUGAGCGGAGUUGGAGUAGGGUCUUGGGCGGGGGAUACUCAACGAGGGCGGUGACCUUCGAGGGGUCCAUGCAGAUACCUUCAGCAGAGACGA